CGACCUUCGUUGCUAAGAAAUCAGCAACAGUUUACAAAUAUGUCCACUUGAUAAUCUGAGCUGAACCCAAUGGCGGAGAUUGAUAAUUUAUUGUCUGUUACUGUCCGGCUCGCAUACGUUUUGCUCUUCAUCUCCGUUGUUCACACGGAAAAUACUGUCGUUUUCCAGCCGUCUUUUCUCACUACAACCGGACCAGCGGUCAGUGUAUUUCUGUUGGGAAACAGCUCGGACAUCUCUCUGAAUGUGAGGACAGUGUCUCCAUCCAGCAUUACAGGCAGCGCUGGUUCUCCAUCAUGUGUCGCUGAGGCAACACAGUGGCUGCUCACAAGGGAGCUGCUGGGAAAGACUGCAGUUCGAGUUCAGCUGAGACUGAAUCACAGUUUGCGUUUGUGUGGUGAGAACGAUACAAACACUGACUGCUGUCCAAAGCCACUGUGUGUCCUGGAAACCCUUCAGGUGUCUGCUUGUAAGGACGGUACACCUCAGGCCUCACUGCUGAUCCAAGCCAGGAUACAUGCCCUGUUGUCUCCAACUAACAGUGGAUCUGACAAUAAAACAGUCAUUCCAAACCAAGUGUACCAACCAUUGGGCUCCUGUCCCUGUGAUCUAACAUUCAGAGCGUGUGAUGUACGCUGCUGCUGUGACAAGGACUGUUCCAGUGAAGAUCUGAAGCUGUUUUUGGCUGAUUGUCUGCCGGGGCCCUUUGGUGGAUAUGUUUCACCUGCUCCAGAUUAUCAGUGUUCUGUGCAGGCCUCUGAAAACUCCCCAGAUUGGUUUCCAUUUUUAUGUGUCCACUCUCCUCCUGAAAACAACCCUUACCUUGGUCUCUUUUACCAAGGGCACACAAUUGCAUCAAAUCCUGGGCCGUCCUUCCAAAGACCUGUUUUGUCAGCUCCGGUGCCAGUUAAUGGCUAUAUUCAAGGGAGUCCAAUUUUAACACUAAGUGAAGAGUACUUUACUAUCCCCCAGAAAGUCCUCGGCCGGUGUGCAAACACUGCUCCUGUAGCUUUUUUGAAAAAUUUCAAGGUUGAGUGUGUGUCCCUGCUACGCUCCUGUCCAACCGAAUCUCCCUUACUGACACUACCGACAGAUUUGAGCAUUAAAGUGAAGAAUGGACAAGGGGGUGAUGUCGUGGUGGAUGUUGUCGAUGAAGUGGCUACUGACUUGAGUCCAUUUAUUUCCAAAGAAGACACAGCUGCCUCUUCAGAUGAGAGGCUGGUAUGUGAAAAUGUGAGCUUAGUCCUGGAUUACAAAUUCUACUGGGAAGGAAAUGGCAUCUCAGGGGUCACACUGACACGCACUGUUGGAACAAUCGCCUUUAAUGGAAGUGUGGCACUAACUACAAGGUAUUCUGCCGUGUUCCUAAAUGGAGAAUUCAUGGGGGAACCCAACUCAGGGAACCCAGGUUAUCAGGUGGGAAGGCCUGUUAUUGCUGGAAUUGAGGACACUUCAGACAAUAAUACAGGCUUAAUUCAGAGGACAUCAAUCAAUCUUUGGAAACCAGUGAGCGAUGGACUCUGUUCCACUGCUGAGAAGAAACCAGUUCUAUUGGGGGAGAAUUCAACAUCAGGAUGUUUGCUGCCUGUCAGCCGCCAGAAUCUGACUGAAUGUAAUCUCCUCAGAGAGACAGUUACUGCUCUGCAGGAUGCUCUGACUGCAGCCACAUUUGUGGCAAGGAUUGGGAACCCAGACCUUUCCGCUCUGACAGACUGGGUGAACAUAAGCUUUGUGAGACUGAACUCAAGCACAACUACAGAAGACAGUGGGAGUGCAUGCUCUGGAAUUCCAUCUUAUCAGCAUAUCCAUGUUUGGAGCCUUGUCACCAGCAUGGUAGACGGCAUACCUCAAAGAGAAAUCCGUGCUUUGGAAGUCCGCUAUGGUCUGACUACCUGGGCACUGGAAUGUGGAGGAGGUGCUGUGUCUUCAUGUGUGGACCCAGAGGAGACUCAGUUGUUCCCCAUCACCUCCUCUGUCACCUUUACUAACAUUCCAAUCAACACAGGACCACCAAAAACCAGGUUUCAGAUCAACUUUACAGAAUAUGACUGUAGCAGGAAUGAUGUGUGUUGGCCCGAGCUCGCAUUUCCUGUCACCAAGUAUUACACAGGUGAGCCAUACUCUCAGUCAUUGGCUAAGGGCAUCAUUUUGGUUUUCUUCUUUGUUACUGCCUCAAUUCUUGGAACUCCAUGGAGACAAAUCAGACAAGUGUGGAACAGUGCUGUGCUUUAACACUUUGAAAACUGAGAAAAUAUUCUGAAAAACAUAGAGGAAGAUGCACACAGAGAAUGGAAGAGUGAAAUGAUGAUGUAUUUAAAUGUCACUGAAGUGUAAUUGCACCUUUUUCCACCAGACGUAGUAUGUAAUAAUACAGUUUUUACAUGUGUAUAAUUUGAUUGUGGGGAUGUAAAUGCUUGUUUUUGAGCACCAUUUUUGCAAUAAAAAUAUUUUUGAUAUUA